CCGCCUGAGGUUUCUUUCAGGCUUGCUGGCGUUAUGCGUUCGAUGACGCUAGCAGAGUUUGCGGUGCAUUGUGGUUUAUACAUGCAGGAGGAGAUCGAGACUGAGAUUUACACAGCGGGGCUAGUGGUGGUUGAAAAACCCACUCUUGUAGGGUUUUGGCAGGUGAUUGCGGGGGCGGAUCAUUGGGAGCACGAAAAGUCGAAGGGGAGGGUGUCGUUUGUUAGGGACCCACUAUACAGGUAUCUGCACCAUUUGCUCGCCACUUCUAUUUCAGCGCGCGGCUACAGCCGUGAGUGGUGUACGACCACAGAUCUUUUUUUCCUUUAUUGUUUGUUGUAUAGGAGGCCGUGCGCGCUAGCACACGGUCUAGCCCAGUACUUCGCCUCCGGCCAUCACCGGCAGGAGCGCGGAUUUUUGUAUGGCGGGGCGUACGUGACCGUCAUUGCCCGUUCAUUGGGCCUCGUACCACACCAGGACCCACAUCUACGGACGCCGGCGAUCAUGCCGACGCGGAUGGGUAUGCAGUCGCUAUGGGGGAUGAGGGUUAUCAAGAGGUUCCCCGUUGGCCCACGGUUUAAAAACCGCGACGGGGGCGUAUGGAGAGAGGAGGCCCUACCAUAG